CCGGCUAGUAGUAGUAGGUCUCAGUGCGUCUCUGAUCUCAAUCCCGACGUCUGGGACGCGGAUGGAAAAUCCACCCGCAGUCAUGCCCUUACCUCCCGAGCUCGAGCUCCAGAUCGUCAAAACACUCGCACUGGCAUGCCCCUCCGAGAUCCCUCGUCUGGUACUCGUCGCCCGUCGCUUCCACGUCUGGCUGCAGGGCUUGCUCUACCGCACCAUCGUCAAUGACCCGGAAUGCGACAUCGAGGGUCUGCCCAUACCUGCGGCACACACGCAACCUCUUCGUCCACCUCUGCGAAGAGCGCGCGACUGGGGCCCGGUCGUGGCGGCGUGUCCCGCCGUGCGCAACGUGUACCUCGGCUGCAACACGGCGGCGGGCUACCGCGCCCUGCUCGCCGGCCUGGCGCACCUCGAGCAGCUGCACUGCGGCUCGUUCGAUCUGCCGUGGGACGCAAAUACGCACACGCACACGCACACGCACACGCACGUGCUCGGGGCGCUCACGCACCUCGAGCUGUUCGACCGCCGGACGGUGCCCCUCGCCGAGACGCGCGUCCUCGCGCGCAUGUGCCCCCGGCUCACGCAUCUCGCCGUGAACGACCACUUCCCGGAGCUCUCCGAAUGCGAGGCGAUCUCCAAGACGUGUCCCGUGCUGGAGGCCCUGGUCCUGAUAUGGCCGAUGGAGUCAGAGGCGGAGGAGCUGGAGGGGGGUGACUUGCUUGGGGAGGACGUGGCGGUCGGCCGCGCGGACGUGCGGGCCGUUGUUGCCCUUCUGCCGCAUGCGUGUGAAAGAGAUUGGCAGCAGGGAUGCCUGACGGGGAUGGACUUUUGGAGCGCAGCGGAUGAGUUCAUCGCACUGCGGAGAUCGGGUGGGGUGGACGGUGAGCUUUCGCUGCUGCUGCUGCCUCAGAAACCAAGCUGA